AUGCUACCCCCCGUGCCCAUCCUCGCCGACUACGGCAUCGACCCGCACCGUGGCUUUCUCCCCGACGAGCUGCCGCUCACCCUCCUGCCCGACCACUAUGCCGCCUGGGAGCAUGUCAUGGCCAACCUGCAGUCGCUGGUGCUCAGCGGCCGCCUGUGGGACACCAUAGAAACCAUGCCCAUGCUCUCCACCACCCACCUGCACACCCCGCCCCAGUGGCGCCGCGCCUACGUCCUGCUCGUCCUCAUGCUCCAUGCGUACAUCUGGUCCGGAGACAAGCCGCAGGAGAGAAUCCCCCCGCCGCUCACGGUACCCUUGUUAAAAGUCUCAGAGCACCUGGAGCUGCCGCCCGUCGCCACAUAUGCCGCCGUCUGUCUGUGGAACUACCGUCCCAUCUUCCCCGAUGAGCCCACGCAUUCGCUGGAGAACCUGUCCACGCUGUUUACCCUGACCGGGUCUAUGGACGAGCAGUGGUUCUACCUCGUUUCCGUCGCCAUUGAGAGUCGCGGCGCCCGCACGCUGCCGCUCAUGCUCGAUGCCAUCUCCGCCGCCCGUGAAGACGACGGCAAGCGCGUGGCCGACUGCCUGAGGGAGUUUGCAACGGUCGUCGAUGACGUCAAUAUCCUGCUGCAGCGCAUGUACAAGCACUGCGACCCUCACGUCUUCUACCAUCGAAUCCGGCCACUGCUGGCCGGCAGCAUGAACAUGGGCGAAGCCGGUCUGCCGCGCGGCGUCCUGAUGGACGAAGGAAAUGGCAAGCAGGAGUGGAAGAAGUACCGCGGCGGCAGCAAUGCCCAGAGCUCGCUCAUUCAGUUCUUCGAUAUCGUCCUGGGCGUCGAGCACCGUCCCACCGGCGAGCCCCGCAGCGCACAGCCGCCGGCAGACGGCCCCACUGCGCGCCGGCGGUGGCAUGGCUUCAUGAUGGAGAUGCGCGACUACAUGCCCGGCCCGCACAAGCGAUUCCUCGAACACACCGCCAGCGUGGCCAAUAUCCGCGACUAUGUCGAAGCCCACCAAAGCGACCAGGAGCUCACUACGGCCUUCAAUACCGCCGUAGCCAUGGUCAAGGCGCUCCGCACCACCCACAUCACCAUGGUCUCUCGCUACAUCAUCGUGAAAUCGCGAGAACGCGGCAGCGGAAACCGGCCCCUCGCCGCCGGUGCUCCAGCCCUCAACCUUGCGACCGCGUCCACGGAAGGAAGAGGUUCCGGAAGCAAGAAACUCCGUGGCACUGGAGGCACCGCCCUUAUCCCCUUCCUCAAGCAAGCUCGUGACGAAACCGGUGAAGCCGCCAUCGGUUCGUGGGGAAAGCAUAUUCUCGACACUGCCCGACCCGAGGCCACCAAGGUCAUCGAGCUGCCCAAGGUUGGAGAGACCGUCGAAGGCAGAGUGGAAAUUCUCGGUCUUGCGGGGACCUGGUCGUUGGAAGAGAGCGAAGGGGGCCUGUGUCAUUGGUAA